GAUUUUUCAAAACAAACUCGCUGUCAUGUGAGGUUCCAAAUCGGCACGAAACAACUCACAGGUUUUCAUCAAUGAAAUAGUGCAAUUUUAGUUUGUAAAUCGCGAUGGCUCCUUCCGCCGCUGCAGCUUCCAUCGCCGUGGUUCCAGCGUUGGCAUCACCGUCAUCGCCUUCGACGUGGGUCCGCGAGAGCAACCUACUCUGGUACCACCGGUGGCUAAUUCGCGUCCUGCGAGCUGGCCCCAUCCCAACGCACGUCGCGUUCAUCAUGGACGGCAACCGGAGGUACGCGAAGAAAGCCAACAUCGCCAAAGCGGAAGGCCACUCGGCGGGGUUCGAGAAACUCUCCGAGACGCUGCAAUGGUGUCUAGAGGUGGGCAUCACCGAGGUGACCGUGUACGCGUUCAGCAUAGAGAACUUCAAGCGCACGCAGGACGAGGUGGACACACUGAUGAAUCUAGCCCGGGAUAAAUUCCAGCGGCUGCUGGCGGAACGCGACCAGCUGCACGAGCGCGGCAUCUGCAUCCGCAUCAUCGGCAACUGGGAGCUGCUGGCACCGGACAUCCAGCGCAACAUCGCCGAAGCGGUUCUGCUCACUCGUCACAACCGCCGGGCCAUCCUGAACGUGGCGUUCGCCUAUACGUCCCGGGACGAGAUCACACAUUCCAUCCGCACCAUCGCGCAAGCCGUCGGCGAUGGGCAGCUUGAGCCGGACGACGUGAGCGAGGAGCUGCUAACGCGCUGCCUCUACACUAAGUAUUCCGCCGAACCGGACUUGCUCGUACGCACGUCCGGCGAGGUGCGGCUAAGCGACUUCCUGCUGUGGCAGUCGACGUCCACCGUGAUGUACUUCACCGAAACGCUCUGGCCCGAGUUCACCAUUUGGCAUCUGCUCGGGGCUGUCUUCUACUAUCAACGGGUGCGCUGUCGCAUGCUGGACGUACGGCGGGCGCUGGAUCGGUACACCGACGAACCGUACGGAUCCUGCGGGCAGCGAAAGAAGCGCGUCGGUCGCUUCCUGAAGCACGUCGAGCGGCAGGAGGAACGUCAGCUGAUACAGCUGGCGCGGGGGACGGGUAUAAAAUAAAACAAAAAAACUCCAUCGAUUAUUAGGAACCAGUGUGCGGAUUUCUGUUGACUCUUUUUCCCUAGGUGUUAUAUUUAACGAACAAUGCUAGAACAAUGCCAAUCGUGCACGAGAAUACAUACGUGAAUAGAAGGGGGCGAGUACGCAUACGUU